GCGGCAGCGCCGGGCCGGGGUGGAUGCGAGCAACCAUGAAAGGCUGGGUCUCCGCCUCCUCCGCUGCUGCCAGAGAGCUGCCGGCUGCCGCUGCUCGGAGGACUACCCUGUGAAGGGGGCGGAGGAGAGGCUGGCUGGGUUCGCCGUGCAAAGGUAGAAGGUGUAAGGGAGAGGCGGAAAGAAAAUGUCUUCUUCGGUGGGGCCCCGCGGCCCUCGCCCGCCCACGGUGCCCCCCCCCGAUGCAGGAGCUGCCCGACCUGAGCCACCUGACAGAGGAGGAGAGGAACAUCAUCAUGGCAGUGAUGGACCGGCAGAAAGAGGAGGAAGAAAAAGAAGAGGCCAUGCUCAAGAGGUUGCAUCAACAAUUUGAAAGCUAUAAAGAGCAAGUAAGAAAGAUAGGGGAAGAAGCCCGCCGUUACCAGGGAGAGCACAAGGAUGAUGCUCCAACAUGUGGAAUCUGUCAUAAAACAAAGUUUGCAGAUGGUUGUGGCCAUUUAUGCUCUUAUUGCCGGACCAAGUUCUGUGCUCGAUGUGGAGGCCGUGUCUCUCUGCGAUCAAACAAUGAGGACAAAGUGGUUAUGUGGGUAUGCAAUUUAUGUCGAAAGCAGCAAGAAAUCCUAACGAAGUCCGGAGCGUGGUUUUUUGGAAGUGGACCACAGCCCUCGCCCAGUCAGGACGGAACGCUGAGUGAUACGGCAACUGGCGCAAGCUCGGAUGCACCGCGAGAAAAGAAAGCAAGACUUCAAGAGCGAUCGAGGUCACAGACUCCUUUAAGUACAGCAGCUGCCUCAUCACAGGAAAUCUCUUCCAGUGCGCAACCCGACCGCAGGAAAGGAGCAGAAGUGUCGCAGCCAGCGAUGGGCCUGGACCAAAAGCAAGCUUCAAGGUCUAGAAGUGAACCUCCAAAAGAGAGGAAGAAGGCAGUAUUGGUUUCUGACCAGAAUGGCAAAGGUGUAAAGAGUGAGCGUAAGCGUGUGCCAAAAUCCUCACUUCAAAAAGAAGGACCAACAGAUGACAGGGAGCGUAAAGAGCGGCAUGAAGGUAGAAGGCUGGAGAAAGGCAAGUCACAGGAUUACCCAGACUUGCCAGAGAAACUUGAGGAGGGCAAAGUGCCUGAUGAUGAAAAACAAAGGAAGGAAGAUGAAUAUCAUACCCGUUACAGGAGUGACCCCAAUCUGGCAAGAUAUCCUGUAAAACCACACCCUGAGGAGCAGCAGAUGCGCAUGCACGCCAAAGUUUCUAAAGCACGACAUGAGAGAAGACACAGUGAUGUAGCUUUGCCACACACAGAAAUGGAGGAAGCGGAGGUACCUGAGAAUAAAUUAGGAAAACGCUCACAAUUACAGGGAACUCAGGACAGAAAAUCUCUUGUGGAAACUCAGAGGUCGUACUCUAUAGACAGAACAGGUGAUGUAAGAAUUUCUGUUUCUAAACAAUUAACUAAUCAUAGCCUACCAACUCCCAGGCAUAGUCCAGUUCCUAUAGAACACGUAGAAUACAAGAACCACGAUUCCUUUAUAAAACAGAGCCGCCUUGAUCCUAGCUCUGCUAUUCUCAUGCGAAAAGCAAAGCGGGAGAAAAUGGAGACCAUGCUAAGGAAUGAUUCCCUUAGCUCUGACCAGUCGGAAUCAGUGCGGCCAUCCCCUCCAAAGCCUCAUAGAGCAAAAAGAGGCGGAAAGAAAAGGCAGAUGUCAGUUAGUAGCUCAGAGGAAGAAGGGGCAUCAACACCAGAAUAUACUAGCUGUGAAGAUGUGGAGAUAGAAAGUGAAAGUGUCAGUGAAAAAGGUGACUUGGAUUAUUACUGGCUGGAUCCUGCCACGUGGCACAGCAGGGAGACGUCCCCUAUUAGUUCGCAUCCCGUAACGUGGCAGCCUUCCAAAGAGGGAGAUCGCUUAAUUGGGCGUGUUAUUCUUAACAAGAGAACAACCAUGCCUAAAGAAUCAGGUGCAUUAUUGGGGCUAAAAGUUGUUGGAGGAAAAAUGACAGAAUUAGGACGACUCGGUGCCUUCAUUACCAAAGUGAAGAAAGGUAGCUUGGCUGAUGUGGUGGGGCAUCUCAGAGCAGGGGAUGAAGUUCUAGAAUGGAAUGGUAAACCCUUGCCUGGAGCUACAAAUGAAGAAGUUUACAAUAUUAUUUUAGAAUCAAAAUCAGAACCUCAAGUUGAAAUCAUUGUUUCAAGGCCUAUUGGUGAUAUUCCACGGAUUCCCGAGACUUCCCACCCCCCAUUAGAGUCUAGUUCAAGUUCUUUUGAAUCUCAGAAGAUGGAAAGGCCUUCUAUUUCUGUUAUAUCUCCGACGAGCCCUGGAGCCCUACGGGAUGCACCUCAGGUCCUACCAGGGCAGCUUUCUGUUAAACUCUGGUAUGACAAAGUGGGACAUCAGUUAAUAGUAAAUGUUCUACAGGCAACAGAUUUGCCACCAAGAGUAGAUGGACGCCCCAGAAAUCCCUAUGUAAAAAUGUAUUUUCUUCCAGACAGAAGUGAUAAAAGUAAAAGAAGGACCAAAACAGUAAAGAAAAGUCUAGAGCCAAAAUGGAAUCAAACUUUUCUCUACUCACACGUACAUCGUAGAGAUUUUAGAGAACGAAUGCUUGAAAUAACUGUAUGGGAUCAGCCAAGAGUACAAGAAGAAGAGAGUGAUUUUCUUGGAGAGAUUCUUAUAGAGCUGGAGACAGCACUUUUAGAUGAUGAACCACAUUGGUAUAAGCUACAGACACAUGAUGAAUCUUCACUACCUCUGCCUCAGCCAUCACCAUUCAUGCCAAGAAGACAUGUUCAUGGUGGAGAAAGCACUAGCAAAAAAUUACAAAGAUCUCGGCCAAUCAGUGAUAGUGACAUCUCAGAUUUUGAUGUUGAUGAUGGUAUUGGAGUUGUUCCUCCAGUAGGUUAUAGGUCUAGUACUAGAGAAGGUAAAUCCACAACGCUAACUGUGCCAGAACAGCAAAGAACAACAACACAUCAUCGUUCACGUUCUGUGUCUCCUCACCGUGGUGACGAUCAGGGCAGGCCCCGUUCACGUUUACCAAAUGUGCCAUUACAGAGGAGUUUAGAUGAAAUUCAUCAAAUGAGAAGAUCACGUUCUCCAACUAGACACCAUGAUGCCUCCAGAACUCCAGUUGAUUACAGAUCCAGAGAGAUGGAUAGUCAGUAUUUGUCUGAUCAAGAAAGUGAGCUUCUUAUGCUGCCCAGAGCAAAGCGAGGAAGAAGUGCAGAGUGCCUACAUACCAUCAGAAGUACUGUUAGGCACUAUAAAACAUUGCCACCCAAGAUGCCUUUACUAGAAAAUGGUACUUAUUGGAAUCUGUACAGCUCAACUCUUCCUGCAUGUGCUAAGACCAAAUCCGUGAUUAGACAGGAUAUUUCACUCCUUCAUGAUUGCCUUAAUUCACGAAUAUCGAAAUUUGGAGAUGAUCUACUGGUUAGUGAACUGCAGCCCUCCCUUGACAGGGCUAGGAGUGCUAGUACCAACUGCUUGAGACCAGAUACUAGUUUGCAUUCACCAGAACGAGAAAGGGGUAGAUGGUCCCCCUCCCUAGAGAGGAGACGACCUACUAGUCCCAGGAUUCAUAUCCAGCAUGCAUCUCCGGAGGAUGACAGAACAAGGACGCUGGAGUCUUGCAUUCCAAAACAGGACAGUGUAGACCACCUAAGUGCUAAACCUGGAGCAGCACAGAGGCAGUCCAGAAAAGUGGAAAGAUAUAGCAGCCAAAAACAAACUAGGAAAGGCCCUGCAGCUGAAACAGAAAGAACACAUCAGCAAGGAAGUCCCACGCAGUCUCCUCCUGCAGACACCUCCUUCAGCAGUCGUAGGGGAAGACAGCUACCACAAGUUCCAGUAAGAAGUGGCAGUAUAGAGCAAGCAAGCUUAGUAGUGGAGGAGCGAACAAGACAGAUGAAAAUGAAAGUGCACCGUUAUAAUCAGACAUCAGGGUCUGGUUCUAGCCAAGAACAUGAGCGUGAGCAAUAUACCAAGUAUAAUAUACAAACAGAUCAGUACAGAAGUUGUGAUAACGUCUCUGCCAAAUCAUCAGAUAGUGAUGUCAGUGAUGUGUCAGCCAUUUCCCGAACCAGCAGUGCCUCUCGCCUCAGCAGCACAAGUUUUAUGUCAGAGCAAUCUGAGCGCCCUCGGGGCAGGAUCAGUACAUUUACUCCUAAAAUGCAAGGCAGACGGAUGGGGACUUCAGGGAGAAUCACUAAGAGCACAAGUGUGAGCGGAGAGAUGUAUAAGCUGGAGCACAUUGAUGGGAGUCAGUCGGACACGGCUGUCGGCAUGGUUGGAACAGGUGGGAAGAAAAGGCGUUCCAGCUUUAGUGCCAAAGUGGUUGCCAUAGUAUCUCGAAGGAGCAGAAGCACAUCUCAACUUAGUCAAACAGAGGCUGGCAGCAAGAAGCUAAAGAGCACGAUACAGAGAAGCACAGAAACAGGAAUGGCAGCAGAGAUGAGAAGUCGUAUGGUUCGACAGCCAAGUCGAGAAUCUACUGAUGGCAGCAUAAAUAGUUAUAGCUCCGAGGGCAACUUAAUAUUUCCUGGAGUACGGCUGGGCGCUGACAGUCAGUUCAGUGAUUUCCUCGAUGGACUGGGACCUGCACAGUUAGUAGGCCGACAAACACUAGCAACCCCUGCAAUGGGUGACAUUCAGAUUGGAAUGGUGGAUAAAAAAGGCCAGUUAGAAGUAGAAGUUAUUAGAGCCCGUGGCCUCACACAAAAACCUGGCUCCAAAUCUACCCCAGCUCCAUAUGUCAAAGUGUAUUUACUAGAAAAUGGAGCAUGUAUAGCUAAGAAGAAGACAAGAAUUGCAAGGAAGACUCUUGAUCCUCUGUACCAACAGACACUGGUCUUUGAGGAAAGUCCACAGGGUAAAGUCCUUCAGGUGAUAGUUUGGGGAGACUAUGGCCGAAUGGACCACAAAUGCUUCAUGGGAGUUGCCCAGAUCCUUCUGGAGGAACUGGAUCUAUCCAGUGUGGUAAUAGGCUGGUAUAAAUUAUUUCCACCUUCAUCACUAGUGGAUCCAACAUUGACUCCCCUGACACGUAGGGCUUCCCAGUCAUCUCUGGAAAGUUCAACUGGGCCUCCCUGCAUUAGAUCAUAGAAGCAGGUGCUGUCUAUUCAAAACAUCAUCCAGGAUAACAAUUGGAGCCAGAUAUUCACAUGAUCAAGAAACACUGUUGGAGAGAGACAAUCACUUCCGUUUUUUCUUGUAGUAGUUAUCCAAACAUAUGUCUGUCUGUUGAGAGAUGGCUUAAAUUGACAGAACAAAGGUAUAUCACAUAUUAGCAGCUAUCACUAAUGCUUAUAAUGAUUAAAAAAAAAAAAAAAAAAAAAAAAAA